AUGGGGGCCAUUUAUCAUGACCCUUCAAGCCCCGAGAGAGGGGGUGACGGCAGCGGAACAGGCGCAGUCAGGGCCAUAGGAGCAGCCCAGGGCAUGGCCCAGAACGUGGUCUACGCUGAUCUGAAGUUUGCCACGGCCCCACCGCUCACCACCCCCACCUGCCCCACAGCCCCUGAUGAGGAUGACAGCCCCUACGAGAACGUGCCGCGGGAGCCGGUGCCCACGGCGCCCAGCCCAGGGCGCUGGCUCCGGCGUUGGCACAUCCCCGCGGGGCUGCUGGCAGGCAGCCUGCUGCUGCUGCUGCUGGUAGCCACUGUGGCCCUGGGGGCUUGCUACUGGCAGGUCACCCGCAGGCUGCAGGUCACCUCCCAGGAGCACGCGGCCGAGCAGGGCCGCCUCUCGCAGGAGGUGAGCGCGCGGGAGCAGAGCCUGGAGCAGACGCGGCUGGAGCUGGCACGGGCCAGAGCGGAGCUGCAGCGAGCGUGGCGGGAGGGCAACAGCAGCCAGCUGGAGCUGGGGAGCCGGGACGCCGAGCUGGGGCGCGCCAGGCAGGAGCUGGCUGUGCUGCAGAAGGAGAUGCAGGAGGUGCGGGGGGAGCUCAGGGCCAGCGAGAGCACUGUGAGCAGCCUGCGCGCCUGUGUGAACACAGAUUGCUGCCCCUCGGGCUGGGUGCUCUACAGGGGCAAGUGCCUCUUCAUUUCGGUGGAGAAGAAGACCUGGUGGGACAGCCACCGUGACUGCAGAGGGAAAUCUGCUCAGCUGCUGGUCCAAGGCGACUGGCCAUCAUGGACAGUGCCGCAUUUUGUGAAGGCGCAUAAUGCCAUGUACUGGGUUGGAGCACAAUUUUCUUCUGACACGAAGAUGACUGUUGUAUGGCAGGACAGCAAGCAGUUCUACUUGCACAACCAUUCUGCAGACUGUGGGCUAUCGACUAACGGGAAAAUGGAGAGUUCAAAAUGCAGAAGAAAGUACCAGUGGAUCUGCGAGCAGCCCCCGAAGCUAAGCAGUGCACCCAAAACCCUCCUUCCUUUCCUGGUCGAAGCCUGA